GAUGGAGCAGAGAGCGCCUAUUGGCUGUUGCUAGGCAACCUGAUAAUCAUGAGGAAACGAGGCUGCUGGGGAGAGAGAGCUCAGGCAACACAGGGAACAAAAGGAGCUGAAUGUGAUUCUAUGAAGGAGUCGCUGCAGCAGCAGAGACAAGCCCCGCCCAGUGUGGCCCUGGGGCCCAUAAUGUGAGAUGCCUGAGCAGCAACAUGUUCUAUUGGAGCAUCAGAGUGGCCACAAGUCCAGGUGCCGCCAACAUGUGACCCGGUUUCCUCCUGUGACUUCUCUGUGACCAAUCAGAAUGGAGACUGAGCAACAAGCCCCUCCCCCACCAACCCCCAGCAGCACCUCCAGCUCCAGCAGCCGCCCUCCUGCUCCCCCGUUACCUGCCCCAGAGAGGCAAACUGUGCAGGUUAUCCAGCAGCCCCUGCACCGACAGCCCAGCACAGCAGCCCAGUACCUCCAGCAGAUGUAUGCGGCCCAACAGCAGCACCUCAUGCUCCACACUGCAGCCCUCCAGCAGCAGCAGCACCUGAGCAGCGCCCAGAUACAGAGCCUGGCAGCAGUGCAGCAGGUGGGUGUGGCUACCAGCAGGCCAAGAAGCGCCCCAGCAGUGACUGCCCCCCAGCAGAGCUCCUCCCACUCCCCCGCGAUAAACCUGACAAACUCCCCGCAGAGCAUCAGCCGCCCACAGACUUCCACCCCUGGUCCAGGUAUCACCCAACAGGCCGUUCUUCUGGGCAACGCCCCCUCACCUGCACUGACUGCCAGCCAGGCCCAGAUGUAUCUCCGAGCCCAGAUGCUCAUUUUCACUCCCACAGCCACAGUGACCAGUGUCCAGUCUGAGGUUAGUUCCGGGGCCCCAUCUCCUGCCAGCAGCACUCAGGUUCCCAGUCUGGGGGUGAGACCACAACUCAGUGGCCCCCAGUCCCAGUUGCCCAGUGUGGCUAUAAAGUCGGCCAGCAGUGCUCUCCCCCCAGUAGCCAACUCCUCCCAAAGCAAAGCCACCGGCCCCCUGCUUCUUCCCCACCCAGAGCCCCCCGAGAGCCAGAAGAAAAGCGAGAGCCGAGGGGCAAGUUCAUGCCGGACGGGGGUCACAGCACAUUCCAUUAUUGCCCCAGUUUAUACCCACCCGCUGAUCCAGCAGCAGAAGAUCCAGCAGCACCAGUUUGUGAUCCAGCCCCGAGCUGCCCUCGCCCACAUCAACUGCCCCCUGCAGCCCUUUACCCAUCAGCCCCAGCUGUCCCAGAGCCUCAGCACUCCCCCCGUCACAUCUCAGGCACAACUGGAACCCCCUUCUACUUGUGGGGAGUCCAAUGGCAGACAGAGGCCCAGCCCUGCCCUCCAGCCCCCCUCAACUCCUGGGGCCCCAGUGAGGAUCAGCCCAGAGGGGCAGGAACAGAGACUGAUCCCACACACGGCCGUCAUCCUGCAGCUCCACAGCCCCCCCGCAAUGACACCGGCCCCCCAGGACGUCUCCCACAAACGCACCUCCACCCCACCAGGAAACAGCCCCCGACUUUUGUACUCUCCAAAUGCCCCCCUGACACAAGAGACGGCACCUGGGGGGGCAUCUGACCUCCAGCAAUGCCAACGUGAUGACCCCAGGCCGCGGGGGCUGCCGGACCCCAGUGUUCCCCCUGCGUUGGACAUGACCUCAGGGAACGGCUCCUCCCCGGUGCCCACAGCGGCCACUGGCAACAGGACCCAGAAUGGUGAGAACAAACCCCCCCAAGCUGUGGUCAAACCCCAAAUCCUCACCCACUUCAUCGAAGGAUUCGUAAUCCAGGAGGGAGCACAACCCUUCCCGUCCCACAGGAGCAGAGCGGUCCUAGAGGUGGGUCACUCCUCACUGCUCACAGGUGCCCAGGAGAAGUAUCAGCAGAGCCUCCUGGCAGAGAAGGUUCCUCAGCAGGACAACAAUACCACAACCACCACUACUGACUCCGAGAUGGAGGAGACACUUGUACCAGGCUUUCCUGAAUCUAAAGGAGACGGGGAUCCCCCUAAACUGAAGUGUGAGCUUUGUGGUCGAGUGGACUUUGAGUACAAAUUCAAACGCUCCAAGCGGUUCUGUUCUAUGGCUUGUGCCAAAAGGUACAAUGUGGGCUGCACCAAGAGAGUGGGCCUCUUCCAUCCAGACCGCAGCAAACUACAGAAACCCACAGUGGCCAAACAUGCCCGCAGGAGAUCACGCAAGACUCCCCUACAGACGGUUGGUGCAGACCCCAAGAAACAGCAGGCUGCCCCUGUCACCCCAAUGAACCCCGGGCCUAUCCCCAGCCCCUCUGCACUGAAGCUCAGUAACAGCCAAGAAGACUCGAGCCGCUGCUCAGACAAUUCCAGUUACGAGGAGCCCCUGUCCCCCAUGUCGGCCAGUUCUUCCCUGUCCCGGGCCAGGCAGGAACACAAUGUGGAACCCCCCAACCUUCACAGCCGGGACCCCAUUGCUAUGAGCCAGGACUUCUUGCCCAGUGACCCCACCAAAUGGAACGUAGAGGACGUGUACGACUUUGUCCGCUCCCUCCCAGGGUGCCAGGAGAUCUCAGAAGAGUUUCGUGCCCAGGAAAUAGACGGUCAGGCCCUGCUCCUGCUGAAAGAGGAUCAUCUCAUGAGCGCAAUGAACAUUAAACUGGGCCCGGCGCUGAAGCUCUAUGCUCGGAUCAGCAUGCUGAAGGACUCCUAGCGGUCGGACUCCCAGUGGGACCGGCAACCCUUCCUGGUGAGGAUCAGGCCCAGGUUGCUUCAUCAAUAGACAGACGUUGGCAGAAUCUGAAACCCACACAUGAAAUAGUUGGGGAAAUGGACUCAUCUUCUCCUGGUACCAUUAGAUCCUCCUGGGCUGCAGUGAGCCAAUCGGAAUUCUGGGAUUUGCUCCACGAACCAAACCUUGAACUUUGGUUUUUUUUGUAUUUACAAUGAAAAUUCCUUUAUUUUAAGAAAAGCUCCUAUCACUUUUCUAUCUGUUUCUGAUCUUUGGACCUGGCGCCACUUACACCAAAACUUCAGGGUUUUUGUUUUUUUAAUCAGUUUGCAGAAAUAAAUGGAAUGAAACUA